UUCCUUUAUGAGGUGCAACCAAAACAGCUGUUAGACAUUGCAACAGGGAUAUUCUGGCAGGGUGUCUGUCUAGCAUUAGUUCUGAAUACGGUUGUGGUUUUGAUAACUAAUAUGGCUUUUGGACUCUCUUUGAGUGUUUCUUGGAUUUGUUGCCUGCUAAUUGGAGGGAUAACGUGCUUUACCCUUCAAGGUGACGCUUAUGGGCAUCCUGCCUGCACUGGACCUGAACCAACUGGAUCCCAAGCAAGUGUGGUGUCUGGUCCAAAUGCUAAAGCUACUGGCUACAAUAGCCUGGCAAGUGUGACGCAGGGUCCAAAUGCCGCAACUGCCAACCAUGCCUCUGCAGAAGCGGCCGUCGGCCCCCGCGCCUCAGCUGAAGCAACUGCCAGCCAUACCUCUGCAGAAGCGGCCGUCGGCCCCCGCGCCUCAGCUGAAGCAACUGCCAGCCAUACCUCUGCAGAAGCGGCCACAGGCCCCCGCGCCUCAGCUGAAGCAACUGCCAGCCAUACCUCUGCAGAAGCGGCCACAGGCCCCCGCGCCUCAGCUGAAGCAACUGCCAGCCAUACCUCUGCAGAAGCGGCUGGCCCCCGCGCCUCUGCUGAAGCAACUGCCAAACAUACCUCUGCAGAAGCGGCCGUCGAACCCCGCGCCUCAGCUCAAGCAACUGCCAGCCAUACCUCUGCACAAGCGGCUGGCCCCCGCGCCUCAGCUGAAGCAACUGCCAGCCAUACCUCUGCAGAAGCGGCCACAGGCCCCCGCGCCUCAGCUGAAGCAACUGCCAGCCAUACCUCUGCAGAAGCGGCUGGCCCCCGCGCCUCAGCUGAAGCAACUGCCAGCCAUACCUCUGCACAAGCGGCCGCAGGCCCCCGCGCAUCUGCUGAAGCAACUGCCAGCCAUACCUCUGCAGUAGCGGCCGCCGGCCCCCGCGCCUCUGCUGAAGCAACUGCCAAACAUACCUCUGCAGAAGCGGCCGGCCUUGCACAGACGGCCCGACCCCUCAACAAGCUAGAUAGGGAGAUCAUAAUUUGGUUUGCCCAACUCCUUAAUCGUCUUUCUCCUGUUACUGUGCCUCCAUUUGAAGAAAAGGGCAAAGGUAAUUGAGGUGAGGAAUUAUGCAAACUAAUGCGCUUGUUUGAAAUGAGGAACUCCUUCACCAUACGACAAAAAUGUACCUCUGAUUUGGCCACUAUUGCUGACACUUAGGUUGUACGGUUAUGAUUUUGAUUUGGCCUGGUGUUCCUGCUACUCUUACAUGAUUUGUUCAAUAAACAAUUUAACUUCCAAAAUG